CUCAUUUCGUCGUUCGCUACAAGUUUAUAGUUUCGCUUUUAUAGUAUAUCGGCUAUAAUAUAGUAAUUUAAAAGUUAUAGGAUCUAAAGUAAUUUCGCUUAAUUUAUCUCAACCAGGAUCUACCUAUCUUUUUCAUAGAAAAGACAAAAUAGAGUUCCCAGGUUGACGGUCAAGGUUGUUUGAUCGUACAUUUUUGGCGCCCAAACGUGUUUAAAGUGGUAAUCCACAUAAAUUCCUAUACAAAAUUUAAAAAGUAAUAAAUUCUGUGUGAAAACUUAUAUAUAUCUUGCACUAAAAGUGACUAUAAAAACUAUAAACUUAAUCAAAAAACUAUAAAUUAGUGCAUUAAAAGUGAAAAUUUCAUCGGUUACGUCGCGCUAUCGGUUUCGUGUCGCGAGUGCAUGGUGUUGGUGCUAAAAUCCAGGAGAAAGGAGAACAAAAUCCAAGGAGAAAACUCUCAUCAAUCAUCCCAGAAGAAGACGAACCAGCAGGUUAAAAAGCCAGAGAAAAUUGUGGGAAAUAAGUAUAAAAAUUCCCACCCAGGUAUGUCCGGUCUGAAUUUUAUUCAAAUGGCACCCAAUUUUGGUGGAAUUUGGGAAGCUGCAGUUAAAGUCGCUAAGGGUCAUUUGUAUCGCAGCCUUGGAAACGCCAAAUUGUCAUUCGAAGAGCUGUCAACUGCACUUGUCGAGAUUGAGGCCAUCAUGAAUUCGAGGCCUAUUACUUCUAUAUCAACAGAUCCAAACGACUUCGAAGCCCUAACACCAGCACAUCUCCUGAUCGGAUCCUCUCUCAAGGCGAUUCCCGAACUAUUGACUGAGGUAUCCGACAUAAGCUAUCUCGAAAGGUGGCGGCGAAUUAACGCUGUCAAAACUCAUUUCUGGAAGCGAUGGUCCAACGAGUACGUCACUGAACUGCAAGGUCGUGGAAAGUGGACAACAUCAAGUCCAAAUAUCGCUAUCGGCAGCUUGGUCAUCAUUCACGAAGACAAUUUACCACCCCAAAAAUGGCUCUUGGGAAGAGUCACCAAAGUCAUCGAAGGUCCUGAUGGGCGAGUAAGAGUCGCCGAUGUUAAAACUCAACGAGGAACAUUUCGAAGACCUAUUCGCAAAUUGGCGGCGAUUCCGUCUUGAAAGGUGAUCCUUUCAAAGGGGGCGGAAUGUUGGAGCUCAAAUCAUCAUAAAUUACUUUAUUUUUGAAUUAAAUUUUGAAUAAUUAACUUACUCUUAAAUUGAAUAAAUUCUACUACUUUUAUUA